AUGUCCACUGGGGAAAACCAGCCGCUGCUUUCUACUCCGCUCCCUUCAGCUUCUUAUCUUCCGACAUCAACGUCUGAUAUCCGAGAAGACGAGUUUACUAUACCAACACCUGUAGGACCAACAUAUUGUGAUUUAGGCUUCAUGUGGUUUACGGUAGCUACGACGGGUGUCAUACUGUUCACAGGGACGCUGUGGUGGAUUCUUUUUCAGGCAGAGUCGUCAUUAUUUUUAUGGCAUCCAAUAUGCAUGAGCUUUGCUCUUGUUUUUGUAACCGAAGGUGUACUUCUACUCCAAAGAGCAGAAACGGUAGAACAGAAGGAAGAAGGUACACAAACACAUAGAUGGUUCCAGACGCUUGGUUUCAUAUCUGCAAUUUGUGGUUUCACCGUAAUAGUCUCUAACAAGAUUAUUAAUAACAAGGAACAUUUCUAUUCCGCUCACGGAAAGGCUGGCUUGACAACCAUUUGCCUCCUUGCCGUACAGGGCUCCUUUGGCUUCGUAAUGCUCGUAUUCCCAUCCGCCCUCGGUGGUGUGCGUCAAGCAAAGGCAAUGUACAAGUACCAUCGCAUGUCUGGAUAUUUUGGGCUAUUCUUGAUCUGGCUUACAGCGCUCGGAGGCACGCAGGCCAACUGGACACUCGAGCAAUUUGAUCAUGUGUGGGUAUGGCUACUUGCAAUCUCGUUGGUGGCCAUUGGAGUUGGGUCCAGAGUCAGAGUCAAUAAGAUGAAAUUAAACCUGAAAGCAGGUUCCUCUGGAACACCUCAAUCCCUGCCCAUUUGCACAAUUCAAUUGAAUACGGCUCGAAGGUCUUGA